AUGGAGCCAGUCCCAUUGGAAUUGGUCCGACCUGCUUCAGAAUGGAUUCGAAAAUUGAUCAAAAUGAACCGCCCAUAUGACCUUCCAAUCUUUAUCAACACGGAGGCCUUCAAAGGUAUUGUGGCCAAUCUGAUUGAUGAGGAUUGGCGGCUUCCCGCUGAAGAAUUGUUGAGAUAUACUUCUGAUUUGUUAGUAACUGCAACUACAGAUUAUAUCAAGAGCAUUCGCAAAAUCGAAUCAUUGCCCAUGUUGCGAGAGUUCUUGCUAUUCACGUCAUCCGAGCUGGUUGGAACCUUGAUGGAAGAAUCUAAGGCCCAACUUUCACAGUUCAUCAAUCGUGAACAGGUUCCUUACAGGCAUGAUCUAUUCGAGAAUCUAUCCAAGCUUCGAUCUCAGCGAUUGAUGGAAGAACUCAUGUCUCCGAUUGGCACGGAUCAUGGACAUAUGCAAAAGCCAGCAAUUCGUUCUGCAGUCAAGCUUGUUUUUGAACAGAAGCAAGCGAGAUCCAUGGAUGAUCACAUGGCUGAAGAGAUGCAGCACGCGCUGAGUGCUUACGGCAAGGUCGCUGAGAAACGCUUUGUUGACACUGUUCCAAUGAUCUGCAUUGAAGUCAUGCAAAAGUAUGAUCGUCGGCUGAAUGACAUCUUGUCCAACGUCAUGGAAUCGGAGAUUGGGCGUUUGGUCGUAGCCUCCCGAACAGCAGCGCGCCAUAGAGAGGUAUGA